GGCCUUCGCAGUCGCCACACCUGCCUGCUAGUGCAGCCGCCGCACGCACCAUGGACACGCUUGUGCUCUGCGUCCCCAACUUCUCGGAGGGUCGCGACGCUAAGACAAUUGAAGCAAUAUCUGAAGCCAUCAAAUCAACUGUGGGAUGCACAUUGCUGGAAGUGGAACCUGGAAUUUCUACAAACAGAACAGUUGUAAGUUUUGUUGGACCACCAGAUGCUGUUGUGGAUGGAGCUGUUAAUGCUGCUAAGGCUGCAGCUCGGCACAUAGACAUGGCAUCGCACACAGGUUCUCAUCCACGGCUUGGAGCUAUGGAUGUUUGUCCACUGGUGCCCGUGAAAGGUAUUACUGAGGAAGAGUGUUGCUCAUAUGCUGAACGCUUGGCAUUGACUUUAUCAGUAGUGUUAAACAUCCCUGUAUAUCUCUAUGGUGCUGCAUCAUCACAAGAUUACCGGAAAACUGUGCCUCAGAUCCGAGCUGGUGAAUAUGAAGGUCUGGAAGAAAAGUUGAAAGAUCCACAGUGGAAACCUGACUAUGGACCAGUUGCAUUCUGUCCCAAAUGGGGAGCUACUAUGGUUGGUGUAAGAAAAUUUCUGCUUGCCUAUAACAUCAACAUUCUUGGGACUAAAGAACAGGCACAUAGAAUAGCACUGAAUGUAAGAACAACUGGUCGAGGUGCUGAUCAACCAGGAAGUCUUAAAGAAGUUCAGGGCAUUGGAUGGUGGCUUGAGGAGGAAAACCUAGCACAAGUGUCACUCAACAUAACAGACUUUGAUGUAACUCCACUUCAUAUAGCCUAUGAAGAAGUGUGCAAAGAGGCAGCAGCUCUACGUGUGUCAGUCGUGGGAUCAGAAUUGUUGGGAGUUGUUCCACUGAAAGCAAUUCUGCAGGUUGCAGAAUAUUAUAUAGACAAGGAAGAUCUGUUUGUACUAACAGAAGAUCAAAAAGUUCGACUUGCUAUUAACAAACUUGGCCUUUCAGAACUACAUACCUUCAAUCCAAGGGAAAGAAUACUGGAAUACCGGCUGAAAGACACACAGAUUUCUGGAAAUCUGUCGAAGCUGACGUUAACAGAAUUUGUGAAUUCAGUGUCGGCCAGAACUCCAGCACCGGGUGGUGGUUCAGUAUCGGCCCUGCUGGCAGCUCUGGCUGCUGGCUUAGGAACUAUGGUUGGUCAACUAACAUAUGGAAAACGACAAUUUGAAGCUGUAGAUGCAGAAAUAAGGAAGAUUGUUCCAACAAUACAUGCAUCCAUUGAAGGAUUUGUUACCCUUAUUGACAAGGACAGCCAGGCUUUUGACACCUACAUGGAGGCUUUAAAACUGCCUAAGAGAACGGAAGAGGAAGUUCAAGGAAGAGCAGCAGCUAUGCAAAAAGGGCUAAUGAAAGCCAUUGAGAUUCCUCAGAUAUUAAUACAAAAUGCUAACAGGCUGUGGACUUCAUUUGCUGACUUGGCUGAAGUUGGAAACUCUACGACAAUAUCAGACUUACAGGUUGGAGCGCAGUGCUUGAGAACAGCUGUAAUAGGAGCCAGCUAUAACGUAACUAUUAAUCUGAAGAACAUCGAGGAUAAAAGCUUCAAAACGAAGACACUGGAAUCUGUCAAGUCUGCCAUCUCUGAGGCAGAAUUAGGCUGCCAGAAGGUCCUUGAUAUCCUGCAGCGCAGACUGAAUGAAGAGUAAUUCACAAAAAAAUGUAAAGCAUGCGGAAUAUUGAUAAAAUUUUGUACUGUCUGUUUUUCAUUACUGCUACCCAGUGUAGCUGCAUGUAAAUGCAGAGACAAUAAAACGUUUUCACAUAGCAAAUAUAACCUCA